CACUCUUUUAGUCACCGCCCGCGAUUUUCUUGGAGAUGACGGCCUCACACCCCUUUCAGGUUUGUUGUCCCACCUCAUGAUCUGCCCACGUUGGAGAGUCAUCGUAGUCAGGGGGGAAGCGAGCGAAAGGGAAAUGGAAUUUUUCGGAGGAACAAGAGGAGAGGCGACAGGAGGAUCAACAUCUCGUUUCCCACAAUUCUUUCGCCAGCGUUAUCUUUAAGGGGCAAACCGUUUGGCAGUUCGCAGGCUUAAAAGAGCCCCGCUAAUGAAACGCCUCCUGGGUAGACCAUCUUUGCGGUCUCUAUGACAUGUGACGGUUGCGCCAAGUCCGUUUCAGAUUCGCUUUACAAACUCAAUGGAAUCAACAAAGUCGAAGCCAAUGUGAAAGACCAAUUAGUUUCGAUAGAGGGCACAGCGGCUCCAUCUGCCAUCGUGGAGGCCAUUCAAGCCACGGGGAGAGACGCCAUUCUGCGAGGCUCGGGAUCAUCAAACUCCGCGGCCGUCAGCAUUCUCGAGUCCUUCUUCCAAUCUGAUGCGACUGCCAACCGGGGGAUUCCCGCCGACGGGGUGGAGCGGGAUGUCCGGGGCUUGGCGAGGAUGGUUCAGGUUUCCCCCACGUCGACACUGAUCGAUCUCACGGUGCGUGGUGUAGCCCCUGGAUUGUACCAAGCGACGAUUCGACAGUCGGGGGAUUUGAAGGAUGGCGCUGCCUCGACAGGAGGAAUCUGGUCGGACCAGGGGGCGCACGAUGGCUCUGCAGCUAGAGGAAUUCUGGGUUCUCUCACAGUAGGACCUGAUGGCCGCGGCAGCGCAUAUAUCAACCAUCCCUUCCAAAUCUGGGAAGCCAUUGGACGCGCCAUGGUCGUGUCGAGACAAGACGAAUCGGCUGGACCCCCGAAGAAUGACCCGGACACCGUGGUGGGCGUCAUUGCCAGGAGCGCUGGGGUAUGGGAUAACGACAAGACAGUAUGCUCUUGCACCGGAAAGACUCUGUGGGAGGAGAGGAGGGACGAGGUGAAGAGGGGGAUGUUAUGAUGGCCACGAUCUAUGACUAAUCGUUGUCUACUUUUUCUUGGAAAUGACUAGAUGCAUAUAUGGAGAUGUAACCCAGGUCUUUAGGGGCUCAUCGUCGGUCACCUGAAUAUCGU